CGACACUCCCCCCCAAGGCUUCCUCCACCCCACCGAGUCAAUUGAGCCCUCAAUGCUCAAUUGAAGCUCACAAUGUCCUCACACACAGCAGCAAAAGCUGCGCAAGCCACCAACCGAGUCAUCGCAGUCAACAAAAAAUACACAGUUCAAUCUACAGGAAUCUGGGAACGCAUCCGCCGCCUCCUAGCCGUCGAUCCCACACGCUCCAACGGCAUCCCCUUGAACCCACAAUUCCGCAACCCGCCCCCAGGAUCCAACGAGCCCUUCUCCUUCGUCGACCCCGUCACCAUCCCCGCAGGCGAUAUCGCCGACAACCCAUACUGGAAGCGUGACGCGCGACGCUCGUACCCGGUCCUCUCUUUCGUGACUCAAGGCGAUGUCGUUGGUUUGUUGGAAGUUGGGAGUAAGAGUAGCCCGAAGAAGGAGCUGAUUGGCGAGGCGGGCUCGAAUGCGCUGGUGGAGGUUAAGAAGGAGGGGGAGAUGGGGCUGAGUAGUUAUUUUAAGAAGAGUGGGAAGGAGGGGACGUUGGCUGUACUGGGGAAGGAUGGCCUGCCGCCGUUGCCGAGUGGGUUGAGCUUGAAAGCAGGAGCCGAUAAGUAUCAUCUUACGGCGGAGAAUGCGUAUCCCGAACAAUACCCGUGUCGGACUUUUCAAUAGAGACAGAGCUGGUCUUAGAGUUUGUACAUAAGAAUUUCAUACACUUCCAAGAAACAAUCAACUGUGGAAACUCGGCCCCUUCGAAUGGACACCGAUUGCAGCCAGAUUAUAGAGGAUUCUCGACGUGAAGGCCUGUCUAAAUCAGGUUUCGACAAUGUUGCUAGUGUUCCGCGGGUUGUCCUGGCAUGUCAAAGUACAUUUGCACUCUUGUAAGGUGGAGUAAAUGAUCACCAGGAGUAAAUUACUCGAAUCUCACGUCAAUUAUUAGGAAUUGGCAAGCGCAUAUUAUUUCU